AUGGAUCCACAAGUGGGUAAUAGCACAGGUGUUGUGUGCAAUGGCCAAAUUAAUACGUGGAUACGAGAGACAAUCGGAGAGAUGGAAAUGACAACAUCAAUGAUUUGGCUAGAAAUUGCACGCGUGGCCAAUGAGUACGCAUACGUUGACAGGACUCCAUUUCACACAUCUGCGUUGACUGGGAGAUUAUGGAUGCAGGAGAUGCUUACAGGUCGAGAAGAAGCGUUUCAGCGUAAUUUUAGGAUGCCAAGGGAUGUGUUCAUAAAAUUGUGUAACACAUUAGUAGCCGAUUUUGGUCUCGAACUCCCGCAGCGUCCGCAUGGUAUUGAUGUAGUUGAGAGCGUGGGGAUGUUUAUAUACGUGUUGCGAGGCUUCCCAAGUUGGGAUAUUGAAGACCGCUUCCAACACUCAGGGGAGACAGUGUGGCGUCAUUUUAAGCGUGUUCUUAGAGCAAUGAAGGAAUUUACACGAGCCCACUGCCAACCGACGAGGCCUCAAAAUAGUAGACAUCCAUAUUUGGAGUCACAACCGAAAUAUUUGCCAUUCAGGGACUGUAUUGGGGCGUUGGAUGGGACACACGUGGAGGCAAAUUUGAAGCCGCGUGAGGCACCGCCAUAUUUUGGUCGUAAAGGACGACACACGCAAAAUAUCCUUGCAGUUUGCGAUUUUGACUUGUGUUUUACUUUUAUCUCCUGCGGCUGGGAGGGUAGUAUGCAUGACAGUAGAGUGUUUAACGAAGUUACCCAAGAUCCGGCGAAAAAAUUCCCACACCCAGUAGACGGAAAGUAUUACCUUGUUGAUGCAGGGUACAAGAAUCAGAAAGGCUUUUUUGCACCGUUUAAGGGAUGUCGGUAUCACCAAGAACAGUUCCGUGUGACUGGACGAGCAAGCAACGCGAACGAAGUUUUUAACACGGUGCACUCCUCGUUAAGGAGUGCAAUUGCACGUACAUUCGGAGUGUGGAAAGCGUGCUGGGGUUUUCUACAUAACAUGCCUCGGUAUGAUUUCGGGAAAGUGCAAGUGCAAUUGGUUGGGGCUUCAAUGGCACUACAUAAUUUCAUAUGCCACAACUCAGACGAAGAUGAAGCAUUCAACAUGGUUGCUAAUGCGGAACAUUUUAUUUUUAACGACAUGCCCAAUGCAGCGGGUGUUGGUGAUGAUGAUGAUGAUGAGCUUGAUCCAGCGGGUGAUGAUGAUAUAGAAAUGAAUGAAUUUAGAAAAUCUAUUAGAAAUGUGUUGGUGCAAAAUCGCCAUGAGCUACGGCUGUAA